AGUCUUCUUACCCGAACGCACUAAACCCCUCAUUUAAACGGCAAUUGAGGCAAAGGGGGUAUAGUUAGGGUUUAAGCAAAUGCCCCUCAUACUGAAGUUGGAAAUACCGAAAAGAUCAAAAUUUGAACUGUGUUCUUCUGAGUUUUAACAUCAAUUGGAGCAGAGAAAGGAAAGAAGCAGAGAUCGGAAUACAUGGAAGAAGAAGGAAUGGGACGGAGGUAGCUCGUUCAGCCUAUUGAAAAGCUUCAGUCAGUUCAAGAAAAUAUUGGAAAAAUUAGCAAAGAAUCAAGUGAAAAAGUACAGGAGCUGGAGCAGCAGUACAAUGAGAUACGGAAGCCUGUCUAUGAUAAGCAAAAUGAUAUCAUCAAGUCGAUUCAUGAUUUCUAGAUGACUGCGUAUUAUCUUUGAACUUUAUUAGUCAUCCUGCCCUCACUGAGCUCUUGAAUGAAGUAGACCAAAAGGUUCCAUUUCUCUACCUUUGCUUUGUUGAAGAAUAAGAUCAGCCUUCAGCUCCUCUGUCAAUAUCUGAAUGCUCACUUUAGGUUUUGGGUUUAAAGGUGGAACGAGUCAAAAAUUUAAACUUGUGCUUCUACAUCUAUUUAUGUAUUUCACAUAUAUAUAAGAAUUUCUAGCUGCUCUGCCAACUAAUGAUUUAGAGCAGUACAUUUUGGAGUGCAACUGAUGUUUCCUUUUUGGGCGGAGACUGUAGCUUUUAAGCUAAAUGUUUUGAUAAUCUGAUGGUAUUUGCUGGAAACAUCGAUUAGAUUAUACUUGUACAUUGGAAUGAGUUCUGCAGUCCUUCCAAAACAUGUAGCCGCUGUCGUACGUUCCCAGAAAGACCCACUAAGGGCUUUGGAGAUGUUCAAUUCUGUUAAGAAAGAAGAUGGAUUUAAGCACACUCUGUCAACUUAUAGGUGCAUGGUCGAAAAGCUCGGUUAUCAUGGGGAAUUUGAGGCGAUGGAGAAUGUCGUGUCAGAGAUGAGGGAGAACCUUGAUAACAGCUUGUUGGAAGGAGUGUAUAUUAGUGUCAUGAGAAGUUAUGGAAAGAAAAGGAGGAUUCAAGAGGCUGCCAAUGUGUUUGAGAGAAUGGAUUUUUACAACUGUGAACCUACUAUUUUCUCUUAUAAUGUGAUUAUGAAUAUUUUGGUGGAGAAUGGGUAUUUUGAUCAGGCACACAAAGUUUAUAUGAGGUUAAAAGAGAAAAGGAUUGUACCUGAUGUGUAUACUUAUACAAUUCGGAUAAAAUCAUUUUGUAGAACGAGUAGACCGCAUGCUGCUCUGAGGCUUCUGAAUAACAUGCCUGCACAACAAUGUGAGUUUAACUCAGUAGCAUACUGCACCGUGGUCAGUGGAUUUUAUGAGGGAGAUUACAGAGGGGAAGCUCAUGAAUUGUUUGAUGAGAUGCUAAGCCUUGGUCUUGUCCCUAAUGUCACCACAUUCAAUAAGCUAAUUCAUACCCUUUGUAAGAAGGGAGAUGUCAGAGAGAGUGAAAUACUGCUAGACAAGGUUCUCAAGAGGGGUAUUCUUCCGAAUUUGUUUACAUUUAACAUCUUCAUCCAAGGUCUGUGCAAGAAGGGUUUACUCGAUGAGGCUGCAAGGAUGUUAGAUGGUGCAACGGGGGAUGGUCUUUCCCCGGAUGUCGUGACAUAUAAUACACUUAUAUGUGGCUUGUGUAAGAGCUCUAAAGGGGUUGAAGCAGAGAGCUACAUGAAUAAAAUGGUCAACAGUGGGUUGAAGCCUGAUGCUUUCACCUACAAUACACUCAUUGACGGGUACUGCAGAAUGAAUAUGGUGCCAAAGGCAGAUGAGAUUCUUCAAGAUGCAACAUUGAGGGGGUUUGUGCCCGAUGAGUUCACAUACUGCUCCUUAUUGUGCAGAUUGUGUGAGAAUGGUGACUUUGAGAGGGCUAAAAGCAUGUUCAAUGAAGCUCCUGGAAAAGGUAUAAGACAUAGUGUUAUACUAUACAAUGCGUUAAUCAAGGGGUUUUGUCAGCAGGGACUCAUUUUGGAAGCCUUGCAGCUGGUGAAUGAGAUGGACCAAAAUGGUUGCAAUCCUGAUAUCUGGACAUAUAAUCUAAUUGUAAAUGGCUUUUGCAAGAUGCGUUGUUUAACUGAUGCCAGUAUUCUUAUUGAUGAUGCUAUGACCAAAGGUCUCGUUCCCGACAUAUUCACCUUUAAUACUUUGAUUGAUGGUUACUGCAAGCAGCUGAAGAUUGGUGAGGCACUUGAAGUUGUUAAUACCAUGUGGGAGCAUGACAUUACUCCGGAUAUCAUCACCUAUAACACUAUAUUGGACGGGCUCUGCAAAACUUCACACUCUGAUAAUGUGAUGGAAACUUUCAAAGCGAUGGAGGAGAAGGGUUGUAAACCAAACAUCAUCACCUAUAAUAUACUCAUAGAGAGUUUUUGCAAAGCUCGAAAACUAGAAAGAUCUUUGGAGUUGCUUGAUGAGAUUCAGCUAAGUGGUUUGCAACCAGACAAAGUAACUUUAGGCACCCUGAUAAGUGGAUUUUGUGAAAACAACGAUUUAGAUAAAGCCCAUAUGUUGUUAAGAAGAAUGGAAAAGGACUAUAGACUUUCCCCAACAGUAGCAAUGUAUAAUAUCCUGAUUAGUGCUUUUUCUGAGAGGUUAAAUGUGGACAUGGCACUUAAACUAUUUCAGGAAAUGGGCGUUCAGGGAUGCCCACCGGAUAAAUACACAUUCCGCUGUAUCGUGGAUGGUUUCUGCAAGAUUGGGAAUGUUGAUUCUGCGUAUUACUAUCUUCUUGAUGGUAUCAAAAAAGGGCUCAUUCCAUCCCUAACAACUUUUGGACGAGUGCUAAAUUGCUUGUGCGUGAAGCAUAGAUUGCGUGAGGCAGUUGAAAUCAUAUACACUAUGGUGCAAAGGGGUGUUGUUCCUGAAGAAGUGAACACAAUUUUCGAAGCAGAUAAGAAAGAAGUUGCAGCACCUAAAAUAGUUGUGGAGAACUUGUUGAAAAAUUCACAUAUAACCUAUUAUGCGUAUGAACUUUUGUAUGACGCUGUCAGAAAUAAGAAGCUGUUACGGAAAAAGGCUAAUGGAUAAAAUAUCAAGUGGUUCGGAAAAUAGGCUUCCAUAAUUAUUUGGAGAAUUAUGUGUGAGAAGAUCAGUUGCAUGGGAAACAUUCUGAAGCAGUUGAUUAAAUGUUUGUUCCAUGGUUACUGGCUUACUGCAGUUUGGGUGAUGGGAUACAGACCAAGAGUAAAUGGCCAUCUCAGGGAUCCUGCAUUUUGGUUAUUAUACUCUACAAUGUCUUGCAAAUUCGUGUGAUAUGAGAAAGAAAGUAUCGUUCUGUUCUGUGUGGAUGUCCUCCUACGUUUACUCAAAAAAAUCAUUGUAUCUAUAUCACUUGCAAGACUGGAUUGGACCGAUCACCUGCUAGUGUGAUUGCGUUAAUGCCGGCCUGAUAGGCCUGCAAUUGCCAGGGCAACAUGGGAUCUCAUAGCCACGGUUGAAAUGAUAGACCUGCAACGCUUGAGGUGACAUUCGUGUGGAAUAGAAACGAGGGGGAAGAAGUAUAUAAGGCGGGAGAUUUCACUGAGAACUGGAAAGUUCCAAUCAAGGUAGCCCAAGAGAUGAAGUUGAAAUUAGACUUCCUCAAGGGAAGUAAGUCUAGCUAAUUCUGUAACACCCCGAGGUACCGUACACGGAGUGUCACGCAUUUCUGUCAUCUUGAUUACUCAUGUAUUACUCAAAUAUAAAACACAUUAUGCAAAUCAUGUCAUUUGUAGAGCCCAUGUAGGGUAGAGUCACAUCAAGUAAAUUAUUUGCAGGUACUAAGUAUCAAAAUCUCUAUCUUUUUUCA